CCAACCACUUGCAUUACACCUCAGUUUGGAAGGAAAUUUCUUGGAUAUCACACACAGACAUCAACAGCCCUAUAUAAUUAAGAAGACUGAGAUUCUAACUUGAAGUACCAAAAUUGCUUUUGAGUCAUCUUACACAAACAAAUCACCCACUGUGAAUGGUUCCUCCUCCUCCUCCUCCUCCUCAAUGGAAUUAUGACGUCUUCUUAAGUUUUAGAGGUGAAGACACCCGCAAACACUUUGUAGAUCAUCUCUAUUGUGCUCUAGAACAGAAAGGAAUUUACGCUUUCAAAGAUGACGAGAAACUUGAGAGAGGAAAAUCAAUUUCUCCAGAACUCAUCAAGGCUAUAAAGGAAUCGAGAAUUGCAAUCAUCAUUUUCUCAACAAACUAUGCUUCUUCCACUUGGUGCUUGGAUGAACUGGUGGAGAUCAUUCGAUGCAAGAGCACAAUGGGACAGACAGUUUUGCCCAUCUUCUACAACGUGGAUCCCUCCCGAGUAAGGAAACAAAAGAAGAGUUUUGGAAAAGCAUUUCGCAAGCAUGAAGAAGCUUUCGGGAAGGACGACCAAAAGGUGCAAAGCUGGAGAAAUGCUUUGGUUGAGGCAGCAAACUUAAGUGGGUUCGAGCCAAAAAAAAUUGCAAAUGGGCAUGAGGCACAAUUUAUUCAGAAAAUUGUUCAAGAGAUUAUGGAAAAAUUGGGGAGGCAUAUACCAUUAGAUGUUGCCAAAUUCUCGGUGGGGAUAGAUUCUCGUGUAAAUAAAGUGAUCACUAUGUUGUACAAUGGGCAAAAGGAUGUGCGCAUUGUAGGGAUUUAUGGAGCUGGCGGGAUAGGAAAGACAACGAUUGCUAGAGCUGUUUUCAACCGAAAAUCUGGUGAAUUUGAAAGUCGUUGUUUCCUUGCAAAUGUGAGAGAAGAGUCCAAAAAACAUGGUCUUGUGUAUCUCCAACAAAAACUCUUGAAGGGAAUCCUAAAGGAAGGAGAUUUAAAUAUAAGUGAUGUUGGCCACGGGAUCAAUGUGAUAAAGAGAAGACUCCAACACAAGAAGGUUCUUGUAGUUAUCGAUGAUGUGAAUAGUUUGGAGCAAUUAGAAAGUCUAGCUGGGGGAAAUUACUGGUUUGGUGGUUUUGGAAGUGAGAUCAUCAUAACAACUAGAGAUAAACGUGUGUUGGAACAGUGUGAAGUUCUUGAUAAUGAAAUCUACAUGGUUGAGCUGUUGAAUGACGAUGAAGCUCUUGGACUCUUUAGUUGGAAUGCCUUCAAGAAGAACUAUCCUGAAGAGAAUUAUUUGCAACUCUCAUGGAGUGUAAUUAAUUAUGCUCAAGGCCUCCCAUUAGCUCUUCAAGUUUUGGGUUCUCUUUUAUUUAAAAGAAGUAUAGAAUAUUGGGAAGAUGAACUGGAGAGAUUGAAAAAAAUUCCAAAUAAAAAAAUUUAUGAAGUUCUAAAGGUAAGUUUUGAUGGCCUUGAUGAUUCAGAGAAGAAUCUAUUCCUUGAUAUCCCUUGUUUCUUUAAAGGGGAUGAUAAAGAUGAAGUAAUGAGUAUAUUGGGCAGUGAGUUUCCCUCGCGAAUUCCAAUUCUUAUCGAACGUUCCUUGAUAACUAUCUCGAAGGGCAAUAGGUUGUGGAUGCAUGAUUUGAUACAAGAAAUGGGUUGGAAAAUUGUUCAUGAAGAAUCACCUGAUGAUCCUGGCAAAUGCAGCAGGUUGCACUUUUAUAAAGAUAUCUAUAAAGUACUCAAAGAUAAUACGGGGACAGAAAAAAUUGAAGGCAUCAUGCUAGACAUAUAUCAACGCCAUCUACCAGAGGAGUUGUUAGACCAUCGAUUAGAGGACUUACAUGUAAAUGUUGAUGCCUUUGCGAAGAUGAAGGGACUUAAACUGCUCAAACUCAGUGGCAUACGGCUUCGUGGACGCCUUACAUAUCUUUCAAAUGAUUUACGUUAUCUUCAUUUGGAAGAUUAUCGGGGAAGAUUUUUGCCAUCCAAUUUCCAUCCAGAAAAUCUUGUUCAACUUCACCUCCCUCGUAGCCAAAUCCAACAAAUUCCAAUGGACAUCAAGUUUAUAGGGAUGUUAAAACAUCUCAAUUUCGGUGGUUCCCCAUAUUUGAAAAAAAUUCCUGAUCUGUCCAAUUUCCCACUUCUUGAGGAAUUAAAUCUUCAAUGUUGUAAAAAUCUAGUUGAGAUUCACCUUUCCAGUGGAGUCCAUGAGAGGCUUGUUAGCGUGAAUCUCCGUAGAUGUAAAAAACUUAGUCGUCUCCCAAGAAGCAUCAAGUUGAAAAUUUUGAAACAUUUUUAUCUCUCUGGAUGCUCAAAACUUGAGAAAUUUCCAGAGGUUCAGGAAGGUACGGAUUGUUUGGAGGAGCUUCGUUUAGGCUGGAGUGGAAUAAAAGAUUUACCCUCAUCAAUGGAACAUCUUACUGGGCUUAAAAUUUUACAACUAACAGGCUGCCGGAAGCUUAAAAGUGUUCCAAACAACAUGUUUUCUGGAAUGAAGGAUUUAAAGUGGCUUUGGAUGGAUGGAACUUCUAUAGAACAGGUACCAUCAUCCAUUGUACACUUGAGUAAGCUUGCUGAGCUCAAUCUCAGUGAAUAUCCCAAGAGGACAAGUUCAUGGAUGCCAAAAUCAUUCCAGCUGGGAAAGAGAACAACAAAUGUUGCUAAUUCAACUUAUUUGCCAAAAUCAAUCCAGCUAGGCAGUUUGUGCAAUUUAAUUGAUUUACAACUCCGGAGAUGCAAUUUGUCUGAAGAAUCCUUAUCCAGUUUUGUCCACCUAUCAUUGCUGCAAAGAUUAGAUCUAAGUCAAAACAAUUUCGCAAGCGUACCAGCAAGCUUCAAACAACUCACAAGGCUCACAGAUCCGGAUUUGAGAGAUUGCACAAGCCUCCGAAAGUUGACGUCACUUCCGUCAUCUAUAAGGGAUAUUAAUGCAGCUGGUUGCAAAUCAUUGGAAGAGUGUUGGUUUCCACCAAGUGUAGGCAGUCCAGACGAUCGGCACUUCUACUUCACAGACUGCUACAACAUGCCAAAUCUAUUAUCACAAAGUCAACUUCAGGCCAUGUUAAUUAGAGGUCCCAAGGAGAGCUAUUGCAGACCCAAGGCUCCAUUUUAACAGAAAUCCAAGAAGACGGUUCUGAAAAUGUGAAACAAACAUAGAAACAGCAAAGGAUCCUUUUAGAAAUAUUUCUGUAUGUUGUCAAUUUUAUUUUUAUUUUUAUUUUUAUUUUUAUUUUUGUUUUCUAAUGUAAUUAAGAAUUUCAAUUGUGAUGAAAAUGUGUUUUAUUUUUAUGACAAUCUAGCCUUAAACUCACUGUAUGUCACUUGAAAAAAUGAGCACAAAUAAGAAGGAACUUUGUUUAAUUUUAUAUCAUAAUGUGAACUUUGGUACUAUACAUACAAUCACUAUUGCCAAAAAAAGAUAAAAGAAGAAACAAAAAAAAAUAAAAAAUAA